UCAGUUUCCACUUUCUUUCUGAAUCUGUAAAUUCCGACUAAACAAGUCUCUCCCUGUCUCUCUCUCAAAAUCUCUCUUUCUCUCUCUAACCCAAUUCACGAACUCUAUCCCUAAAACCCUAAAUCAUCUCAAAUUCAAAUGCAAAUACAAAAAAAAAUGUUGGAUCAAUACAUUUUCACAAUUCAAUUCGUUGUUUGAUCAAUCAGAUUGUUACAAAACCCUAACCCUAACAAUGUCAUGGGGACUAGGUUGGAAGAGACCAUCAGAGAUCUUCCAUUUGACCUUAAACUACGGAACCGAAGAAACCUUCGAUGAUCAGACCCCUUCAUCAUCAUCAGCGUCAGCAUCGUCAUCAUCGAGUUCUUCAUCGGCAUCAGGGUCUCAAGAUCAAGAGCUAGGGUUCAGAAUCGAUCUCGAUUGGACGGCUAGUGAUGAUGAAGAUCAGGUGGCUUUGAGGCUUCAGUCGCAGCUGAUGGUGGCUCUGCCUCUGCCUCAGGACAUGGUGGUGGUGGAAUUGAAGAAGGCGGCGGCGGAGGAGGAGAAUGUGGUGGUGAAUGUGGAUAUGAAGGUGGAGAAGCGGAGAGAGCCGCUUCGGGUGGUGAGGAUGUCGAAAAUGGGGGGCUCGGGGCAGCAGAGCGAUGGAAUUGGGGUGCUUACGAGGCUUUUGAGAGCGAAUAUCGUGGCGCCGGGGACAUCGGUGGGGGCGGUUGGAGAUGGGGGGGUGAUGGGUUGUGCUGAUCAUUGGAUGAGUGUUACUGUGCUUAGCCUCUGUGGUUGUGGCUUGUGGGUAUUGCCAGUGGAGUUAACUCAACUUCCACUUCUUGAGAAGUUAUACCUUGACAACAACAAGCUUUCAGUUUUGCCACCUGAGCUUGGUGACAUAAAAAACUUAAAAGUUCUCAGAGUUGACUGCAAUAUGCUGGUUUCAGUGCCUGUUGAAUUGAGAGAGUGUGUUGGACUGGUGGAAUUGUCAUUGGAGCACAACAAACUGGUCCGGCCUCUUCUUGAUUUCAGAGCUAUGGCUGAGUUACGUAUUCUUAGACUAUUUGGUAAUCCCCUUGAAUUCCUACCUGAAAUUUUGCCAUUACACAAUCUUCGUCAUUUGUCUCUUGCAAACAUCAGAAUUGUAGCUGAUGAAAAUCUAAGAUCAGUUGGUGUGCAGAUAGAGAUGGAGAGCAGUUCUUACUUUGGUGCAUCUCGACACAAAUUGAGUGCUUUCUUCUCGCUUAUAUUCCGUUUUUCUUCUUGUCAUCACCCGUUGCUAGCAUCUGCCCUUGCAAAGAUAAUCCAAGACCAUGAAAACCGUGUAUUUAUUGGCAAAGAUGAGAAUGCUGUACGUCAGCUUAUAAGUAUGAUAAGUAGUGAUAAUCGUCAUGUGGUUGAACAAGCAAGCUCUGCUCUUUCAUCGCUUGCAUCCGAUGUUUCUGUGGUAAUGCAGUUGAUGAAAUCUGACAUCAUGCAAUCCAUUGAAAGAGUAUUGAAGUCUGUUGGCCCUGAAGAACUAAUUUCUGUGUUGCAAGUUGUGGUCAACUUGGCUUUUGCCUCUGAUAUGGUGGCUCAAAAGAUGUUGACAAGGGAUUUACUGAAAUCAUUGAAAUCAUUAUGCAGCCAUAAACACCCCGAGGUACAAAGGUUAGCUUUAUUAGCAGUUGGAAAUCUAGCCUUUUGCUUGGAGAACCGCCGUACCCUUGUCACUUCUGAAAGUUUGCGGGAACUUCUUUUACGGCUGACAGUUGCAUCUGAACCACGUGUCAAUAAAGCUGCUGCUCGUGUUUUGGCAAUUCUUGGGGAGAAUGAGAAUUUGCGUCGUGCCAUUAGAGGGAGACCAGUUGCAAAGCAAGGAUUACGCAUUCUUUCAAUGGAUGGGGGUGGCAUGAAAGGUCUGGCAACUGUACAGAUUUUAAAAGAAAUCGAGAAAGGAACUGGAAAACGGAUACAUGAGUUGUUUGACCUUAUAUGUGGCACAUCAACGGGUGGUAUGCUUGCUGUUGCCCUUGCAAUCAAACUAAUGUCCUUGGAAAAAUGUGAAGAAAUAUACAAAAAACUUGGAAGACUUGUCUUUGCUGAACCUGUGCCAAAGGAUAAUGAAGCAGCAACUUGGAGAGAAAAGUUGGAUCAGCUGUACAAAAGCUCCUCGCAAAGUUUUAGGGUGGUUGUACAUGGAUCUAAACACAGUGCAGAUCAGUUUGAGAGGUUGCUGAAGGAGAUGUGUGCUGAUGAGGAUGGAGACCUCUUAAUAGAGUCGGCAGUGAAAAACAUUCCCAAAGUUUUUGUAGUAUCAACUCUGGUCAGCGCGGUACCAGCUCAACCUUUUAUCUUCCGCAAUUACCAGUACCCUGCUGGCACACCAGAGAUACCUUUUGCUAUUUCGGAAGGUUCACCAUCCAGUGGCCAAGGAAAUGCUAAUGCCAGUCCUCAAGUUGGGUAUAAACGCAAUGCUUUUAUUGGAAGUAGUAAGCAUCACGUAUGGCAAGCUAUAAGAGCAUCAUCAGCUGCUCCAUAUUAUCUUGAUGAUUUUUCUCAUGAUGUAUAUCGUUGGCAAGAUGGUGCUAUUGUAGCAAAUAAUCCUACCAUAUUUGCCAUACACGAAGCACAACUUUUAUGGCCAGAUGCAAAAAUUGACUGUUUAGUUUCCAUUGGAUGUGGUUCGGUUCCAAUCAAGGUCCGGAAGGGUGGAUGGCGUUAUUUGGAUACUGGGCAAGUGUUGAUAGAGAGUUCAUGCUCAGUGGACCGGGUGGAGGAAGCUUUAAGUGCAUUGCUUCCAAUGCUUCCUGAAAUACAUUAUUUUCGUUUCAAUCCAGUGGAUGAACGUUGUGAUAUGGAGCUGGAUGAGACUGAUCCUACAGUCUGGCUGAAGUUAGAGGCUGCAACGGAGGAGUACAUCCAAAACAACUCACAUGCAUUCAAGAGUGUCUGUGAAAGACUUCUGCAGAAUCAGCAUGGUGAGAAGUUGUCAGAAUAUUUGAAGUCUCAACAUUUACCGAAUGCAAAGGCUUCGAAAGCUGUCCUAAAUGAGAAUAGCCCCUCUUUGGGUUGGAGACGUAAUGUUUUACUUGUGGAAGCUUCUCACAGUCUUGAUUCAGGAAGAAUUUUUCACCAUGCUCGGUCACUCGAGACAUUCUGUAGUCAAAGUGGAAUAAGAUUGUCUCUUAUGAAUGGGAUAUCAGGAACCUUCAAAGCUGUACCUGGAACAACAUUCCCAACACCAUUCGCAUCCCCUCUGUUCACUGGGAGCUUUCCAUCAAGCCCACAUAUAUACAGUCCCGAUAUUGGCCCUCAUAGGAUUGGCAGAUUAGAUUUGGUUCCACCUUUAAACUUGGAUGGAUUUCAAUCUGGAAAAACAGUUGCUUCACCGCCCAAGUCUCCACCAGGACCCAGGAUGCUCUCGCUUCCUGUUCGAUCAUUGCAUGAGAAAUUACAGAAUUCACCACAAGUCGGAGUUGUACAUUUAGCUUUGCAAAACGACACAUGUGGAUCAAUAUUAAGUUGGCAGAAUGAUGUGUUUGUGGUUGCUGAACCUGGAGAACUUGCAGAUAAGUUUCUGCAGAGUGUUAAAUAUAGCUUGCUGUCAAUGAUGCGGGGCCGGAACAGGAAGUAUGCAACAGCGAUUACCAACAUCUCAACUGUUGCUGAAUUGGUUGCAUGUAGGCCGUACUUCCAAAUUGGAUGCAUUGCCCACCGAUUUAUUGGACGCCAAACACAAGUUAUGGAAGAUGACCAAGAAAUUGGGGCAUACAUGUUUCGUAGAACAGUCCCUUCUAUGCACUUAACCUCUGAUGACAUUCGUUGGAUGGUUGGAGCUUGGAGGGAAAGGAUAAUAAUAUGCACUUCUACCUAUGGGCCUACCCCAACUUUAAUUAAGGCUUUCAUGGACUCUGGUGCAAAAGCUGUUAUAUGCCCAUCGGUUGAACCCCAAGAAAUGCAGUUAACAACGUUCCAUGGAUCAGGCGACUUCAAUGAUUUGGAGAAUGGGAAGUUUGAGAUUGGAGAGGAAGAAUUAGAAGAUGAAGAGGCAGAGCCUGUCAGUCCAGUGAGCGAUUGGGAAGAUGAUAGCGAGCCUGAGAAAAGUGGGGACCGCUCAAUGGCCUUUUGGGAUGACGAUGAAGAGGAAUUGUCUCAGUUUGUCUGUCAAUUGUAUGAUUCUUUGUUUCGUGAAGGUGCGAGACUAGAUGUUGCCCUCCAACAUGCUCUUGCCUCGCAUCGGAAGCUGAGGUAUUCAUGCCAUCUUCCUAGUAUACCAUAGAUUAUUAAAUAGCAUUUACACGAGACUGAAAAAAUUGGAACCAAUUUUAAAAAAAAAAGAAAAAAAAAAAAAGAAGGAAUGAAAAAACAAAAACAUAAAGAAAAAGAAAAAUAGAGAUGAGCACAUAGAUGUAUGAGUGAAAUAAUUGAGUUAACAAGAGGGAUGCAAUUUUGAGGCUUACAAUUUAAUCUGUUUGUUAUUAAUAAAAUGUUUAUGAAUUCAGAAA